AGUCAACAAUUUGGCGGUGGAGGAGAUAGAAUUUUGUAAUUUAGGGCAAAAGCCAGGGCAUUUCCAGGUAGAGAGAGAGAGAAGCCAUGGCCAAGUAGAAGAAUUCAAACAGAGGAUGCCGCCAGCAGCGUAUCCCUUUCAAAAAGCUACACGAGUCAUCCUCCUCAUCCUUCUCUCUCUCUUCAUUUCACCGAAAGGUUCAGGAAAAAGCCUUCAUUUUUCUUCAAUUUCCAUUUCCAUUUCCAUUUCCAUUUUCCCCCCAUUUCUCUCUCUCUCUCUCUCUCUAGAAAAGGCUUUUCCAACAACAUUCAAUUCUUAGCUUAGUAGCUACGCUUCGCAUAUACUCGCCCGUUUUCCCCCAAAUCAGAAAACAGGGAGAAUCAGUUUUCGCAAAAAACCAACCUGAAACGCCCAAAACAACAACCCUCACCCUCACCCGCCCGCCGCCUGGUUCUCUCUCCUGCCUUUCUCACUCCAUUGGAAUUCAGAUUUCAGAAUUGAUUCCCCCUGAUUUCUAUUGGGUUUCCCCUUGAUUGCGAUUCUUUCAUCUGGGUCGACGUCGAUGGCGGAAUUUGAUCGAAGUAUGCAAUUUUCCGACAAGCCCAAGUCGUCGUUCUUCAAUCGCUCGCUUACUUUGCACCCCUCCUCCAUGGAUUCGCCCAAGAAACCCUACCUUCGGACCUCCCUCAAUCGGACGGAUUCUGUGAAGAAGUACUACAGCCCUCUCGAAUCUAUGAAAUCUGCCAGCAAUUCGAUUAAAGGGAAGGUCAAGCAAUUGUGUAAUUUGUUUGAGGGCGGUAAUUCUUCUCCUCAUGCUGCCGAGGGAUCGCAACAUCAAAUUCAAAGCAAGAUAAAAUCCGCAAAAUCGUUCGGUUCUGAUUUCCGGGUCCCUUCGAUUCGAUUGCCGGGUACUGAAGAUAGGAUUGUGGUCUAUUUAACCAGUUUACGAGGAAUUCGAAGGACAUAUGAGGAUUGCUAUGCCGUGAGGAUAAUAUUCCGAGGUUUUAGGGUUUGGGUAGACGAGCGCGACAUAUCAAUGGAUUCCGCGUACAAGAAAGAGUUGCAGAGUGUUUUGGGCGAGAAGAAGGUGAGUUUGCCUCAAGUGUUCAUUAGGGGCAAGUAUGUAGGAGGAGCCGAGGUGAUCAAGCAACUCUUCGAAGCUGGAGAAUUGGUCAAGGUUCUCGAGGGGUUCCCGGUUCGCGAACCCGGGUUCGUCUGUGAGGGUUGUGGGGAUGUAAGGUUCGUUCCUUGUAUGAAUUGCAGCGGGAGCAGGAAGGUGUAUGAUGAAGAUGAGGACGUCUUGAAGAGGUGCUUAGAAUGCAAUGAGAAUGGAUUAAUUCGAUGUCCCGAAUGCGCCUCCUGAAUCGUCUCUCGGAAGGAACGAAUCGUUGUUCUUCGAAGAUGGAAACUAACAGCAAGGUUUGAAGCUUGCCAUGAAUGCAGAAACCGAGUUCCUGAUAUCGGAAACAGGUUGGUUAUAUGAUAUUAUCAGUAUUCUCUGCAUCAGAGGUAGAGCUAAUGGUGAAACACUGGAUCUGUGGAUGGAUUUCUUCCUAAUGGGUUCAAUAUGUAGGCAGCCUGAUGGUUUUGGUUUUGGCUUUUCAUGCAACAGCAAAUGAAAGAGAGAAGUACUCUAUAGGUUUCUGAUGAAAUGAAGAAAAUGCACCAAAUUCUUGUGGAUGAAGUCUGUAGGUAUCACUGUUGGAUUAGGAUGUUUUUGAAUGAAACAUCAACUUUUGUUGUGUUUGAAAGAAAGACUUUUUGUUUUACCUCCGACCUUGAGAGGAGGAGUACAUAUCAAUUAUC